GGACUCCAUGAAGUCUGGGAGUCAGAAGGAGUGUGUGGUGACUGGAACGCUAUGUCUCAUGCUGCGAAUGUCACAAGUGGCCGGCGUCGCACCGAUCCGUUUCCGACGCAUGCACGGCGGCUGGUGCAUUCGCAUCUCCCGACUAGCUAACUUCUAUGGAAAGUCUUUAUCGUUUAUAUUAUGGCUACUAUCAACCACUACGAUAGCAAUAGACAUCCUCAUUGAGCCGGAGAGGUCGUACCGCACCCGCACAAACUCGACCCGCAUCGUGUGGGUAGCUGACGUGGGCACUGUCGGCCUGGUAGUCUGCACUGCUGCAUUCACUGGUUUCAACCGUAUGAAAUGCCUGAUGGUGUAUUUGCUGAAGCUGCAAGAGAUAAACUUAAAACUAAGCCUGUACCACGAUGAACCAUCCAAUGAAGGUGCGAGGAAGCUGAUAGCUGUCAGCUCAAUGAUCUUCACCUGCUCAACCAUACUGCUGGACUUCAGCAUAUUCAUCUACCAAGUCGCUAUAGAUCAUGGGAAAAUGGUCACAUCAUGCAUGUACAUCUUCUACAACAUAUCGACAGCGGUGCAGCAGGUGAUACUCCUCACAUUCUCGGAAACUGCCACAGCUGUGUAUACCUCGCUACUGUCACUCAACAACUGCUUGAAAACCCUUCUCGAACAAAUUGUGCAUGAGUCACCUGAAGCAAGGAACUCGAUACUGAACCAGGACUGCAGAAUAGACAUCUAUAAUACAAUUUCCAGUAAAUCAAUCAACAGUGUCGUUGAUACUUUGACUGCGUACAGAGCUCAACCAAGACCACAUCCACAUCCCCUACCGAUCAUGAUCCGUCGCCUCGGCUUGCUGUAUUGUUCCCUCUGCGACGUGGUGCGUCAUGUCAAUGAUAGCUACGGGACAGUCCUGGUCGCCAUGUUGCUGUGUCUUCUCCUGCAUCUGGUCAUCACUCCGUACCAUGUCAUCACUAAUAUCUUCAACAAAUCAAGAUCAGACAGGUCGAGCCCAACUUUGCAACUAAAUUGGGUCGUACUGCACUUCAUCAAUUUGUUGUUGAUCAUUGAACCCUGCCAUCGAACACAUGAAGAGAUGAGACGAACCCGCCACCUGAUCAGUCAGAUGCUGCGUCAUACGACUACUGACAACAAUGGUUUGCUGUCUGAGCUGCAGAUAUUCUACCAGCAUUUGAGUUUGAAUGAAGUAUCCUAUGCACCAUUGAAGAUGUUCCCAUUGGACAGGACUCUCAUUGUUACGAUUCUUGGAAGCAUCACCACGUACUUGGUUGUAGUUGUUCAACUUUAA